AUGCGCCCCCGCGUAUUCCUAGAUUGGAAUAUCCAGAACGAACCUCUGGGCAGAGUUAUCUUUGAGUUGUUCAAUGAUGAAGCACCACGGACUUGUGAGAACUUUCGCGCCCUUUGCACUGGAGAAAAGGGCCUCUCGAGCGCGGGCAUUCCGCUCUACUACAAGAAUUGCAUUUCACAUCGUAUAAUUCGCGACUUUAUGAUUCAAGCUGGUGAUUUCACCAAGCGAAAUGGUCAAGGUGGUGAAUCUAUCUAUGGAGCGCCAUUUGAAGACGAGAAUCUCGACCGACCUGUCGAUAGCCCUUUCCUCUUGUGCAUGGCCAACAAAGGUCCAAACACCAACGGCUCCCAAUUCUUCAUCACUCUGCGUGAGUGCCCACAUUUGAACGGCAAGCAUACCGUAUUUGGUCGCGUAGUCCGUGGCGAGGAUGUAGUGUUGAAACUGGGAGAUGUUGAAGUUGAUGAAAAGUCGCGUCCUUUGACCACAGUUUCCAUCACCAACUCGGGGGAGCUUGAACUGCGUAAAGGCACGUAUAAAAUGCUUUCCAAGCCUGAAGCUCCUACCUCGCCUGAGUCAGAAGAGGAACGUGAAGCUCGCCGACGUCGUCCCAAGUCAAAACGCUCAGCCAGUGAAGAGUCCGAACGACGUCAUCGCAAGAAGUCCAAGAAAGAAAGUCGGCGACAAGCGACAAGUCCUGAACCGCAAGUCACAACAGGAACGCGUCAGGAAACGGAGGAGGAAUAUGACGCGCGAUUAGAGAGGGAAGAAAACGAACGAAUCAAGGAGCAAAAGAGGAAAGAGCUGGAAAGAAUCAAAGAGCGAUACGAACGGGAAGCUCAAACAAAUCAUGAAGGCGUUAGGUAUAAAGGCCGUGGGCGAAUGGUGUUCCUAGAUCCAGGUGGGUUGGCUUGCUUUACUUUCACGAAUGUUACUUCUUCUAACUACAACAACACAGAAACUCGACGAUAG